UUCCUUUUCAUCUCGCCGUCGUCGUGGCGGCGGCGCGUUUAACGGAUUCAUGGAAAGUUUGCCAGCCCGGCAGCAAAGUGGGGAGGCAGGAAGACUUCCAAAAACGGACUUUGUUUGAUGCACUUUGACUUGUGGUGGGGUAGUCGUGGCUACCGAAGCGAGUCGGGUCCGAAGCUGAGCCGAGCCGAGCCGAGCUUCGGCUACUCCUCGUCCAACACGUCACGGUGUCGGAAGGUUAAGAUCGCGGCGGUUGCCAUAGAGAUGAAGAACGCGGAUGCUCCGAAGGCUUCCUCGGGCUCAUCCGGCCUUGUUCGAUCCGCGAUUAGCUUGAUUGGAGAUCGAUAUUUCCCGAGAUGAAACGGGACGCGUUGUCGCUUCCAGAUGCUUUGGAGUGGAACGCGUCGCGUUCACUCCAGGCCAGCAGGGGGCCACCGAAUGCCGCCUUCGCCAUGGAAAGCAAGCAAAAACAAGCGAGCUUCGGGCUUGAGCGCAAACAAACGGGAAUUAUUCACGAGUGAUCCGACUUCAAUAAGCAACCGAUAGACGCAAUUCAUCAAUGAUUACAAUUCAUUGUUACAAUGAUUCACUUCAAAUCGCAAAUUGAUUGUAUUCUAAGGCAAUGUUUUCUGCUGUUUUUACGUGUUGAGUGGGAGGAAAGCAUUUGACCAAAGUGAAUCCGCUGCGGUCAUGGCCGCCCAUCGAAUCAGAACCACGGCCAAUAGCAACGCUUUGCUGCCUCGCUGCAGGUCCGAGGGGACGCUGAUCGACCUCGGUGACGGCGUGUCCGAGUCCGGCCUCGUUGAUGUCAAAGUGCCUUCUCCCAGUGCCUUACGCUUGGACGCCGGCGCCUGCUUGGGCACGGCCCGAGAGGUGGUGGCCAUCAAGGACUACUGCCCGUCCAGCUUCACCACGCUCAAGUUCUCCAAAGGCGACCGACUCUACGUUCUGGACACGUCGGGCGGCGAGUGGUGGUACGCCCACAACAACACGGAGAUGGGCUACAUCCCGGCCGCUUACGUGGAGCCCGUGGGUCUCCGAGACUCUUCCUUCAGCGACAGCGGCAUGAUAGACAGCGCCGGCGGCGACGCCGCCAGGGAAGAGACGGCUUCGGAAAUGGACCUGCUCGGAGAGUGGGCCGGCGUCAUUCUGACGCCUACCGCUUUCCAUCACCGAAAUCCUUUUGCCAGCGCGCAGAGCUCCACCAACCCGUUCCUGCGCGGCGAUCCUCAAAACCACCCGCUGGACCAAAACGACAACGAGAAGUCUGCUGAUCUUCUUCUCUUUGACGCUCCGUCCGUGCCAAACCCAGGCUCUGGCGGGAGUGUUUUCAACCCGCUCGCCAGGGAUAACCCCUUUUUCAGAAGCAAGCGCUCCUACAGUUUGUCCGACAUGUCGGUCCUGCAGGCCCAGUCGGACAACCCUCCGACGUCCGGCGGCGGUUUCUUCGGCGGCCUCAAAGCGCCGGCCCCGGAGCAGUUUCAGAGCAGGGAGGCUUUCCGCACAGCGUGGCUUACCCAUCGCAAGCUGGCCAGGUCCUGCCACGACUUGGACUCUCUGGGCCAAAGUCCCGGCUGGGGUCAGACGCAGCCGGUGGAGACCAACAUCGUCUGCCGGCUGGACAGCUCGGGAGGCGCCGUGCGGCUCCCGGACACCGACAUCGGCGUCCACGUCCCCGAGGGACAUGUCGCCGAGGGAGACACCCAGCAGAUCUCCAUCAAAGCACUCUUAGAUCCGCCUCUGGAACUGAACAACGAUCGCUGCACCAUCUCUGGCCCGGUGGUGGAGCUCAAGCUCAGCAACAUGGAGACCAAAAGCGGCAUCGCGCUGGACAUGAAAGUAUCGGUGGCGGUGAAGGCGGAAAGCGCCCGGGUGGUGUGCGUCAGGAGCGACUGUAAAGAGGGGCCGUACGCCCCCGUCUCGCAGACUUUCCUGUACGGCGACACGCUUCGGGUGUCCCUGGACAACUUGGAGCCGUGCAUGUACAUUUGCGCGGUGGUGCAGUCCCAGUCCUCGUCUCCGGACUGCAACGUGUGGGAUCACGUGGACAAAAAGAUGACGUUGGGGGUGUACGGACCCAAACACAUCCACCCCUCCUUCAAAACGGUGGUGGCCGCCUUCGGUCACGACUGCGCCCCCAAGUCGUUGCUGGUGAGCCAGGCGGGUAAGCAGCAGGCGCAGUCCUCGCCACCGGUAGCGCUACAGCUGUGGGGCAAACACCAGUUUGUCCUGUCCAGGCCCCGGGACCUCCGCGUCGGGGUCUACUCCAACAUGGCCAACUUUGAGGUGAAGGCCGGCGAGCAGGCCAAAGUGAUCCCGGCUUUCCAGAUCAAACUGGGCAAAGUCAGCCGGCUGGUCUACCUGAUCAGUUGCCGCGACAGCGCCGCCGCCGAUUUUUCCGACUUCACCCUGAGGAUCCAGGUCAAAGACGAGCGGGGUGCCAUACUGGCCCAGUUUUGCGUUCAGACGCCCACGCCGCCGCCCAGGGCGGGUCCCAAGACGUCCAUGCAGCGGCGCUUCCUGAAGAAGAAGGAAGUGGGCAAGAUCAUCCUGUCUCCGCUCGCCGUCGCCACCAAGUACCCGGUGUUCCACGACCGCCGGGUCGCCAACCUCAGGUUCGGAAAGCUGAUCAAGACGGUCAUCCGGCAGACCAAGAACACCUAUCUGCUGGAGUACAAGAAAGGAGACGUGGUGGCGCUUCUGAGUGAGGAGAAGGUCAAGCUGAAGGGCCAGUUGUGGACCAAAGAAUGGUACAUCGGCUACUGCCAGGGCCGGGUGGGACUGGUCCACACGAAAAACGUGCUGCUGAUGGGAAAGGUCCAGCCCCUUUCCUUUAGCGGGCCCGAGCUCACCACCUCCCUGUUGCUGGAGCAGGUUCUGAGGCCCUGCAAGUUCCUCACGUACAUCUACGCCUCGGUCCGCACCGUCCUGAUGGAGAACAUCGGCGACUGGCGGGCCUUCGCCGACGCCCUCGGGUACCAGAACCUUCCCGUGACGCACUUCUGCCGGGCCGAGCUGGACAGCGAACCGGAGAGGGUGGCCUGCGUUCUGGAGAAGCUGAAGGAAGACUGCAACAAUACGGACAGCAAAGAGCGAAAGUCCUUCCAGAAGGAGCUGCUCACGGCCCUUCUGAAGCUGGACUGCCAAGGCCUGGUAGCCCGCCUGGUGAUGGAUUUUGUGCUCCUGACCACGGCGGUGGAGGUGGCGGGACGCUGGCGGGAGUUGGCCGAGCGCCUGGCCAAGGUUUCCCGUCAGCAGAUGGACGCCUACGAGGCGCCGCACCGUGACAAGAACGGCGUGGUGGACAGCGAGGCCAUGUGGAAGCCGGCAUACGACUUCCUGGUGACUUGGGCGGCUCAGAUGGGCGACAGCUACCGGGACGUGAUCCAGGACCUCCACGUGGGCCUGGACCGGAUGAAGAGUCCCAUCACCAAGCGCUGGAAGCACCUGAGCGGGACCCUGCUCCUGGUCCACUGCCUGGACGCCCUCCGGAGCUCCGCCUUCAGCCCCGCCUCGGCCGCGUCGGACGACUUUGCCAUCUGACGCCUUUGCCGUCGGACCUUUUUUCUACUCCAUUUUCAGCACGCAUGUCCGUGUUUCUUUCCGCUGGGUUGUGCUCACACUGGUGUCAUGAAUUGGCGUCACCCGACCCGCCAAAUGCUCAGGACCGCAAAAGCGGGCAGUCAUUGUUUUGGAGCUUUUCUUCUUUUGGAGCUUGCUUUUUUUGUCUGUCCAUUUUCUCGUUUCGGAGCUUUUAGGUGCACCCACACUCAUUUCUUUUGGUUCUCAUGUAGUUGGGUCACUUUCUAGACUCCAAUGGUGAUGUGAGCAGGUCAGGUUCUUGUGUGAGUUUUCUUGAUGUCAGGUUGUGUUCCAAUCAAAUGGGACAGACACACUGUCUUAUGUUUGUGCCAACUUUCACAUUCUUGCAGUAUCGGGUUCCGGUGCGUUGAGGUCAGGACUCGGUGGCGGUGGGUGAAUUGGGUUGGGUUCUGUCUGUCGUGUUGGGUCGGGCUCACUUUGUGAUUUGAUGGAAUCAGCUAUCGUUAGCUGACGGACGAUUUGUUGAGCCUGCAGCUUUCGACCGGCUACCAAAAAAACGAAGAAAUGUGUGCGGAGGGCGACCGCUCGAGGAUCGCAACGAGCCGUACACACAAAUAGGACAGAAAACCACUUGCCAUGCGCUAUUAAAACUGAUGACACUUUCAAAUUGCAUUGUUUUUAAAUUAAAAAUGGUCAUCUUUGA